CGCCGCCGUAUAUUCAAUUGAAUCUCUCUCUAUAUAUAAAGUUCAAACAAACAAUUAAAUGAUGUUCAAUUAAACUUGGUAGAUUUUGCAUUAUACAAUGACAAUCAUAUACAAAUCGUUUUUAUUAUCAUUAUUAAUUCUAUCAUUAAUGAUUACCCAAGAAAUUACAUGUUUUCUAGGCUUAAAAUGUGCAGAAAAAGGUGAAGAAUGUACAAAAACGUUAUUCAAACGCUGUUGUGGAAAUCUUGUAUGUCAACUUCAAGGACCAUUUAAUGGAAUAUGUGUAGAUUGUUUAAGUUUGGAGUCAGCUUGUAUUGCAGAUCAUGAAUGUUGUAGUAAACGGUGUUAUUUGUUUGCCUGUAAACCACCACUUUAAUAAAUUUAUAUUCAUCAUUUAUGGUUUAAUUUGUUUGAAAUGAUGAAAUGUAUCAUGUUUCUUUUGAAAUAAAAGAAGUAUUCAUUUCUGUUCA